AUGAUGGCGGUGAUGGCGGCGGUGGUGGCCGCGCUGAGGGCCUGGGCGGAGGCGGCGGCGCGGGCGGAGGAGGCGGCAGGGACGGCUUUGGCGGCCUGGGCCCCGCUGCUGGGCUCGCUGGCAGCGCUGGCGGCGCAGAUGCGGGCGGUGCAGCGGCUGGCGUGGGACGCGACGCCGCUCGGCGCCUUCCCGGAGCUGCGGGCGCGGCUGUGGCGGAAGCAGCGCGGCGCGGCCGAGGCGCUGCUGGAGCAGCUCGGCGGGCGGCGGGAGGAGCUCCGGGCCGUGCGGGACGCCGUGGGCACCGCCACCACCGCUGUGCUGCGGCUCUACGAGGAGCGGGGCCCGGCCGAGCUGGGGCUGCCGGCGGUUCUGCGGCGCGGACCGCGCUGCCCCUCGCUGGCCGACGUGUUGGAGGGGCUGCAGGGCGUGGAACGGCACUACCGGCACCUGUACUUAGAGAGCAAACUGCUCCUGCAGCGCCUCAGCUUGGACAGCCUAGCAGAUGUGGAAGCCCUCCCGCAGUCCUGGGAGAGGAUUUUGGAGCGCUACAGAGAAGAUGACGUUGUUAAAGAUACACUGCUGAAGGUUUCGCUGUUCGUGGAGAACCAUCGGGAGCUGAGCUGCUCACCUGGCUCCUGACAGGCACCAGGGACUGGCACUGCCCAGCUUCUGGCAUGUUCUGUGAUGCUGCAAAGGGGAUGAGGAAUUGAGGGAGCUCUCCUGGUGCUUUUUGGAAGCUCAAUGAGUUGAGUCUUGGCCUCAGCAUGAAAUGCUUGAACUGUGCCAUUUUCAAGUGGAAAUGGCCUUGGUCUCUGAAGAAGAGUCUGAGCUGAAAAAGCCAUGAGGAUGGAAGGGAGUCACCUCCAGCUGUGCAAUUUGUCCUUUCUUUCUCUUGAUGUGGAUGUUUUGUAUCAUGGAAAAAAUGUUGAUACUUACAUGAGGUGCUGCAGGUGUGUAACAGAGUCCUUCAGGCUGGUGCCAUGAAAGAUAUUUGGGCUCUGUCCUUACAAAUAAAGAAAAGAUGUCAGAUUGGGGCUUAGAAACAGUGGUCACCUCAUGUCCUUGAACAGUGUGUUUGCAUUCAUCCCACCUGGGCAUGCAAAUCUGGCUUGAAAAUGUAAUUAUGGAGGUGCAUGGAUGCCUGAGUUCUGACAUGGGCAGUUUUCAAGGAUGUUGCAGUACACUGCUCUCUCACCACUGAAAUCAGUCUUAAAAUAUCACUCUGGUAGGCACUGCUGAGGGUUCUGGGACACCUUUUGUUGGCCAUGGCACUGAUCCUCUGAACGGUUCUGGUAAGCAGUGGGGUGUUUGUUUCCAAAUUAUGUAUUUGGUGAGGAGCAGCAGCUUCUCAGAGAAAGCCAAUAAAGAACUGCCUUGGACACAU